ACGUGGACUGUCUCUGGGAGUGCUGAGUCUCUGGCGUCUGUGGCGAUAGAAGCCGGUGGGUCCGUUUCACCUGAGUCCGACACAACAUCACAGGAAGGGUUGGGAGGCUCUGGAACUCUCCGAGGAGCGAGGUUAACGUCGGGCUUUGGGCGGACACCUGUGAAGACCAACAACUGUAUUGCUCAAAUUUCACAGCAUUGAAAAUCAAAGACCCACGAUGGACCCGAGAGAUACUGCCCCUGAUUCCUGGGAACAAGAGGACGAUGUGGAGGCCACAAUCGACACACAACUUGACCCAGCAUUCACAGCUCUAAAUGUGAACGCGAAACCUUUCGUGCCCAAUGUAAACGCUGCUGAGUUUGUUCCGACUUUUACCAUGAAAACAAACUCGGACAAUCUCGAUUCCAGUGUUGCUGUUGAGAAAAUACCCACCACGGAGGUGUCAGAGAGCAUUGACCCAGUGGAGAACGGCAACACAGAGAUGACCACAGAGGAGCCGUGGGACCAGAAAGAGGCUGAGCCAAAUGAGGAGGAGCCAGGAGGUGGGCCUGAUGAGGACCGGGGGCCAGCAGUGUCUGCAACAAUGGAGGAACCUGCUCCAGAGAUGAUGGAGGAGGAAGAGGAAAUGCCAGUGCCCAAGAUUCCACCUACACAGCCAGAUGCCCCCAAAAAGGAACACAUCAAUGUUGUUUUCAUCGGACACGUAGAUGCUGGCAAGUCCACCAUAGGCGGACAAAUCAUGUAUCUAACAGGAAUGGUAGACAAGAGGACCUUAGAAAAGUAUGAGAGAGAAGCCAAGGAAAAGAAUCGAGAAACCUGGUAUUUGUCUUGGGCUUUGGACACCAACCAAGAGGAGCGGGACAAAGGCAAAACGGUAGAGGUGGGCCGAGCAUACUUUGAGACGGACAAAAAGCACUUUACCAUCCUAGAUGCUCCAGGCCACAAAAGCUUUGUGCCCAAUAUGAUCGGAGGUGCAUCACAAGCAGACCUGGCUGUUCUGGUAAUCUCUGCCAGAAAGGGCGAGUUUGAAACUGGUUUUGAGAAGGGUGGACAGACACGGGAGCACGCCAUGUUGGCCAAAACGGCUGGCGUCAAGCAUCUGAUAGUUCUGGUGAAUAAAAUGGACGACCCUACAGUCCACUGGAGCCUUGAAAGGUAUGAAGAGUGUAAGGAGAAACUUGUUCCAUUUUUGAAAAAGGUGGGCUUCAACCCAAAGAAAGAUAUUCACUUCAUGCCGUGCUCUGGGCUGACAGGAGCCAACCUGAAGGAGCCCACUGAUAUGUGCUCCUGGUAUACAGGUUUACCAUUCAUUCCACACUUGGACAGUUUGCCACAUUUCAACAGAUCCAGUGAUGGUCCUGUCAGAUUGCCCAUUGUAGACAAAUACAAGGACAUGGGCACAGUGGUUCUGGGCAAACUAGAGUCGGGCUCCAUCAGCAAAGCACAGCAGCUGGUCAUGAUGCCGAACAGGCAUGUGGUGGAGGUGUUGAGUCUCUUGUCAGAUGAUGUGGAAACAGAUGAUGCUGGACCGGGUGAAAACCUCAAGUUGCGACUGAAGGGUAUUGAGGAGGAGGAGAUCCUGCCAGGCUUUAUCCUGUGUAAUGCUGAGAACCUCUGCCACUCAGGGCGCACAUUCGACGCCCAGAUCGUCAUCAUUGAACACAAAUCCAUCAUCUGUCCAGGUUACAACGCAGUCCUUCACAUUCACACCUGCAUUGAAGAAGUGCAAAUAACGGCCUUAAUCUGUCUGGUGGACAAGAAGUCGGGAGAGAAGAGUAAAACACGACCACGAUUUGUCAAACAGGACCAGGUCUGCAUCGCCCGUCUGCGCACAGCAGGAACCAUUUGCCUCGAGACUUUUAAAGACUUUCCUCAGAUGGGACGGUUUACCUUACGGGACGAAGGUAAGACCAUUGCCAUCGGUAAGGUGCUGAAGCUGGUCGCAGAGCGGGACUGAAGAGGACUGAGCUGUCAGUCCUGGAGAGAAGGCAAGGGGCAGAGCUUGGCCAUAACCUGCCAACACUUUUGGCAGCGGCGACGGCAACUCCCUGUCUCGCCCUCCCUUCUGCGUGCCGAAGAUCAUCUUUAGAAAACAAAAGAAACUCGUGAUAAAAACCUGUUUUUUAAAGCAAAUGACAAACCGAGAUGAAGUCCACGAGUCAGCUUUCUCAUAUUGAGAGCUCCGCUAUGCCAUUUCUGGGUUAGCCCCUCCCUCCGACUCUCCCCAACCCCCCCACCCCCACUCUGGUCUACACGGCAUUACAUGAUUUUUCUUCUAGUUUUUUUUUCUUUUCAUGAAUGACAAAUGGAAGAAGUUAUAUCUGUUAUCAGAUGUGGACCAGGAUUUUUGCUCAGAGUAUAACAAUGAUUUUCAGAAGUAAACUGUAAAAGAAAUUGUUUGAGAGAAUCUACCCAGUUGAAACAAUGUUUUUCCUGGGUGUACACGUCUCCCUUUGCUUUUACCCAGUUUUUGGUUUCUCGUGGCGUUCUUGCAGCGUGCUUGAGCCUGUUCAAAUGUUAUAAAAGCAAACAACUAUGACAAUAAAAUAAUAAAUUGGGAAAACAAA